AUGACUGUUGAGUACUUCUUGAUCCUCUUCUGCUUAGUUAUCAUGUUGUUCUUACAUGCCAUGACCCUUCCAUCUUCUGCACGUCCGCUGAUGCAAGUAUCAGAAGCCAUUGAAUGGAGCUCGGCGAGAAGGCCUCUGGGGAUAGAGCCAUGCAGAACUGGGAACCCCAUUGAUGACUGCUGGAGAUGCGACCCCGACUGGGAAACCAACCGUAAGAUGCUAGCCGAUUGUGCAGUAGGGUUCGGACGCAACGCCAUCGGAGGGAGAGAUGGCAAAUUAUACGUUGUCAAAGAUUCAUAAAAUGAUGACCUCUUAAACCUAGUUCCAGGCACACUCAGGUAUGCUGUAACCCAAGAUGAACCGCUUUGGAUCAUCUUCGAUCAUGACAUGGUCAUCCAUUUAGAGGAAGAACUUCUGGUGAAAUCGUACAAGACUAUCGAUGGUAGAGGAUUUAACGUCCAAAUAUCAAAUGGGCCGUGCAUCACUCUUGAAAAUGUGAGUAACAUCAUCAUACAUAACAUCUACAUACAUGAUUGCAUACCAGCAUGGAAAGCCAUGGUGGGGGAGAUGGAGUCAACCCAGCAUUCUGAAGAAAAGUCAGAUGGGGAUGGGAUAUUGAUAUUCGGGUCUAGGGAUGUGUGGAUUGAUCACUGCACACUAGCAAAUUGCCAUGACGGACUAAUAGAUGCUGUAUAUGGAUCAACAGCCAUAACAAUCUCUACUCAUCAUAAUGAAGCCAUGUUUAUGGGUCAUAAUGAUGACUUCCUUGCAGACAAGAAUAUGCAAGUGACCAUAGCCUUCAACUUCUUUGGGGAAGGUUUGGUUCAAAGAAUGCCAAGAUGUCGGCAUGGAUAUUUUCACAUUGUGAACAAUGUCUACACCUAGUGGGAGAUGUAUGCAAUUGGUGGAAGUGCCAAUCCGACAAUUAAUAGCCAAGGGAAUGUCUUCAUCGCAUCUAAUAACAACUCCACAAAAGAGGUCACUAAACGUGAAUAUCAUGUCUCGGAAAAUGAUGACUGGAAGAAUUGGAAUUGGAGGUCAGAUGGAGAUGUGAUGCUGAAUGGUGCUUUCUUUACACCUUCCGGACGAGAAACUCCAGCGAGUUACAUUAGAGCAACAGUUGCAAGACCAGCUUCCCAUCUAACAACCACCGCUCUAUCUGCCGGAGCUCUUCAUUGUAUGAUAGGCAAGCAAUGCUAA